UCCCUAUCACAAUUUUGCAACCACCUUUCUUGAUUGCAACGAACGGUAUCCGAUUGGUUCAACUUGACUAAGCAAUUUAUCACCCGCUAAGCAAAGGUCUCAUUACAUUCGUCACGGACGAGCCCGGGUAUGAUGCUCCAAAACAUGGUUGUUGAAAGGUCCCUUCAGGACUCUGAUCAAUUUUGGUCGUCCUAUCGUGAGGUUCGUUGUCUAUGCGGCGAUAUGAUCCAGCCUGGCACGCGACAGCCUAAUGCUUGGAAAGAGUUUGCGGGUGAGUGGGGGACACUAAAAACAGUGCCACUGGACCGGGGCACCAGUAAAAACAGGCGGAAUGGCGUAGGGCUUAGUGUCCUAGGGCUGAUAUUCAAACACAUCAACCGCGAGGUUAGCGCCAUCAUGGUCUCCACCUCCUGUGAUUUUCUUGAUUACAACUUUCGCAAGUGCGACACCUUUGUUUCAACAAGUAAUUCGACUUGAACUGAUAUCACACUCUAAACUCACCACAGGGAGAAAGUUGCUUCAUGCGUAGUCUCACCCAUUUCCCAUGCGUGGUUGAGGUUGUCUGCUACUGACUUUUCUUCCCAACUUCAUACCAGCCGUGCUGACUUGGCCUUCCAACAUCUUUCUAAUUCCAAAUGAAGCACGGAUGUGCAAACCGCU